GAGACACAUACACACAGAUGGAAAGAGACACAGAACCACCAAAAUAAGUCAAUAACGAUGCAAAAUGACCAAAGAUACAGACGAUCCUACUGGUGCCUGACUGUAUGGGGCGUGGCCUGUCAGCUCCACUCAGCUGUCAGUCACAGUGUGAGUCAUUCCUGUCUCUGCUCCCCUCAACAAGAAGAACCAAAGUACUGCUGAACAACAGUAUUCCUGUUCCUGCUGCUGCUGGAUGACUGAGCUGCACUGAGGUGAAAAUGAAGCGCUCCCUGGGGAUCUGUCUGGUGGUCUGCUCCGCUCUGAUCGGACUGGGCUCAGCUAUCCGCUGCUACAGCUGUAAGGACUACACAGCGAGCUGCUCCAAGCAGCGCGAGUGUAGCUAUGACGACGCCUGUCUCACCCUCAGCGAGAGAGGUGGGAUGACUUACCGCCAGUGUCUGAAGUAUUCAGACUGUGUGAGUAACGUUGAUCAAUAACUGUAUCGAUCAUUCCAGGUUUCCAGUUUCACCUUCAAGUGCUGCAACUCUGACCUGUGUAACUCCGCCCCCUCCUCUGCUGCGAGCUCUGUGAUAGGUCUGCUGGCCUCAGCGGCAGUCAUGUGGUGGUGCAUCCACUGAAGAGAACACCAGUCCGAUCAAUACAUUCAUACUGAACACUGAUCACAGAUCAAUAUAUAUGUGGAAAUACAUAUUUCAGUUGCUGAUUGAUUAUUAAAAGAGUUUGAUCAUGACACUGUUUGUAUCAGCUGUUUACAGGGAACUGCUCCUCUACUACCACCUUCAAAAUAAAAUGCAACUGAAACGUUCUUCUGUGCUCGUUAACUUCUGUCUAAUCAAUAAACGGUGACAACCCGGAA